CAGUAUCGCUUCGGACUCGAGUGCGCACGCUCCGUGCCCCAUGACGUUGCCGCAUUUGCAAUAAAAAACUAUCUCCUUCAAAACGAUUCCAAAAUACGCAAAACACUUCCUAGUUUACAAGGCAUGACGUUUCGGGAUGCGUCACCACGCGAUCCUUCCGCGCUUUUCCUCGGGAAAAUCUUAACCUAGAAACAACAAACGAUUACGUCAAUAGGCGAUUUUACUCGCAACCUCUCGACCCCGCACUGUUAUUGUUUGUUAUUAUAAUUCCAAAUAUAAUAUCCUUCUAAAAGUAGUGUAAACCAACCGCAGCGGUCAGUGGAGCUUUCAAACGGUCUAAGUUACAACGCCGCUUCACUUGUGUAAAUCGAAAGUAAUAAUAAUUAUGUCGUAAGUGCCAGUACAUAGUAAUGCAAUAAUUAGAAUGUAACUAACUUUAAGUAGAUAUAGUGUGUGUAGUGUUAAAAGUGGAGAAUUUAACGAGUGGCAAGAAAAAUGCCGGGUUUACCCCGGUGACUGACAGAUACAGUGUUAUAUUGACGAUCUCCACCAACGCUUCAGACGGAUUCGCCUUGAUUAACGAUUACAACGCUGCCCCGCUGUUCGCCUCGGAAAACGCCUCCAGUGAAGUGUGGAGUGCGGGCGGCGGGGCCAGCGGCGGAGCAGCAGCAUGCGGUAGCAGCGGCAUGGAUUUGAAACACGAGGUGGCAUACCGCGGCCUGCCGAGUCAGGUCAAAGCCGAGCCGGGGGUCAGCCACAACGGCCACCAAGUCAACGGUCACGUGCGGGACUGGAUGGCGGGAGGAGGCGCCGCGGGGGGCGGGUCGCCUUCCCCGCAAGCCGCCCAGACCCAGCCAAAUAACGGCUACUCCUCCCCACUGUCCUCGAGCAGCUACGGCCCUUAUAGUCCUAACGGGAAAAUAGGUCGCGAGGACUUGUCACCGGCAUCGAGUGUAAACGGGUGUAGUUCAGAUGCGCGACGGCAAAAGAAAGGACCCGCGCCCCGUCAACAGGAAGAGUUAUGCCUUGUAUGCGGCGAUAGAGCCUCAGGAUAUCAUUAUAAUGCGCUCACGUGUGAAGGAUGCAAAGGAUUCUUUAGGCGGAGUGUUACCAAAAAUGCAGUGUACAUAUGCAAAUUUGGUCAUGCGUGCGAAAUGGACAUGUAUAUGCGGCGGAAAUGUCAAGAGUGUCGGUUAAAAAAAUGUUUGGCGGUGGGCAUGAGGCCCGAGUGUGUGGUUCCGGAAGGCACGUGCGCGCUGAAAAGGAAAGAGAAGAGGGCGCAAAGAGAAAAAGACAAACUGCCAGUGAGCACAACGACAGUAGACGAUCACAUGCCGCCCAUAAUGCAGUGCGACCCACCACCCCCGGAAGCUGCGAGGAUUCUGGAAUGUUUACAGCACGAAGUGGUCCCGAGGUUUCUAUCAGACAAACUGAUGGAGCAGAACCGACAAAAGAACAUCCCUCCCCUGACUGCAAACCAGCAGUACUUGAUCGCAAGGCUCGUGUGGUACCAAGAUGGUUACGAGCAACCUUCAGAAGAGGAUCUCAAAAGGGUGACUCAAACGUGGCAACAAACGGACGAAGAUGAUGAAGAAUCAGACAUGCCGUUCCGCCAGAUCACUGAGAUGACCAUCCUCACGGUGCAGCUAAUAGUCGAGUUUGCCAAAGGACUGCCUGGGUUCUCGAAAAUAUCUCAACCCGAUCAAAUAACGUUAUUAAAGGCUUGCUCAAGUGAAGUGAUGAUGUUGCGAGUGGCGCGACGGUACGACGCCGCGACAGACAGCGUACUGUUCGCCAACAACCAGGCGUACACCCGCGACAACUACCGCAAAGCCGGCAUGGCCUACGUUAUCGAAGACCUGUUGCAUUUCUGUCGGUGCAUGUACUCCAUGACUAUGGACAAUGUGCACUAUGCCUUACUCACAGCCAUCGUCAUCUUCUCAGAUCGACCUGGCCUCGAGCAGCCGCAACUAGUUGAAGAGAUCCAGAGAUACUACCUGAACACAUUAAGGGUAUACAUCCUAAACCAACACAGCGCAUCGCCGCGGUGCUCGGUUAUCUAUGGCAAGAUCCUCGCGGUGCUCACGGAGCUCCGAACGCUCGGUAUGCAGAACUCCAACAUGUGUAUCUCGCUCAAACUGAAGAACAGGAAACUGCCACCCUUCCUGGAGGAGAUCUGGGACGUAGCGGACAUGUCGUCGACGCAGACGCCCGUGCUGGAGUCGCCCACGGAGCUCUAGCCCUUGUGCGGCCGCCUCGCCGCCAAGCGGCCCGUCCCCGCCCCCGCCCCCGCCACCGCUCCCGCCGCACGCGGCCUGCUCUAAGCGACGAGCGGCGAGCGGCGCGCCCCCGAGGAGAGAACGCUCAUAGACUGGCUAGUUUAAGUGAAGUGCUCGGACAUAGAAGUCGGACGUGAUGAAAGUAUUUAUAAGGAUUGUGCAAAUUUUACUACUUAAGAGGGUACGCUGCCCGAUUUCGUACGUAUUCGGUGACCGACUACGAUGAUGUGCGAGAGAUUAGUGAAUAUAUGUGUUGUUGAACGUUUGGAGAAUAUAUAUAGUGUUGAUUGUUUGCACGCCCGGCGCCGGCCGAAACGACCCACACUCGUUUUAGCCGACGCUUGUCGCGGGCCCACGUUUAUUUCGUUUACGACUGGAUACUGAGUUGGUCACUCGGAUACGACUGUAUGAUAAGACUACGUUCGAUAAGUACACCUCCUAAAUUACAGAUACGUACAUAAUACGAGAGUUAUAAAAUUAAAGUAAUAUAUGAGAUGUUUCUAUUGGGUGAAAAGUUGAUAUGUUUAUUUACCAAAAUUAACUAUAUGUUGAUUAACCUUUUCGAUUAAUAUAUAAUGUGAUGAAUCGUUCGCAAGGUAACGUUCCGCGGUUAGUUUUAACUUGGUUUGGCUGACUGCAGCACUGUGGAUGCGAGGCUGAGCCGAUAGUGGUGCACUAGUGGAUCGAAUCUCAUCGUCAGUGUGGCGGUUGAUGCGCACGCGCCGCUGCUGCCGGCGGACGUUACUGUCGGUGAUAUAUACCGCAGUGUUUGUUUAUAUAUAGUUUAUGUCAGACGUGUUAUCGUGUCCCGUCAAUUUUAGUUCCGAUUCAUGUUCCAUUUUCCUGUGCCCAUGUCCCUCUAGUAAACGAGUAAUUAUAAUUUAUUAUCGCUGUGAUUACAUAUAUAACAUGUUGAAUUAUCUUACGUAGGCUGAGAUAAGUGUGUCUUAUUACGUAUAAAACUACUGUCAUGCGGAGCUUUCACGAGAGAAAACGAUAAUCUUAUUGUUAUUUUGAAUUUAUUUAAUGAUACACACUUUGCAUUUUACACUAUAACUGCAAUGUAGCGUUCACUGUGUUACAUUGUGUAGCAGUGUGCUAUGUGUAUGAUUCGUUUAGAUUAGGCAUGCUGCAGGACCAGCUAUGAUCACUUACCACUUGCUGAAAGGCCAAAUGUUACAUGAAAGUCUGUGCAAUUUAUUCCAUAAGCGUAAAGUAAUAAUAACACAUUACAAAUAUAUAGACUUUGUGUACGUGUCACAUGUUCUAAAUUAUACAUAGGUGUAAGGAGGCAGAUUUGGCUAGAAAAUCCCAGUAUUUUUUUUUUAUUUUCGAAUAUUAGGUAUCUUUAAAUACUUUAUUUAUUUAUACGACACUGCAUGCAAGUAUUAAGGCAGCUGUUUAUGUAGGCAGUAUGUAGAUAUUGAAUUAGAAUGUCUAGGCACCCACUGAGUUGUGUUCGGCGCUGAUUUUCUUCGUGUUUUAAUGUAGACACGACAUUCCUUGUAUAAUAAAACUAUAAAGAGUACAAAAUGGCAGCUAACUUACCUCUAUGAAUUCAGAUUUAAAAUAUAAAUAAAACUUACUGUAUUUGGCCGAGCUUACUAUGGGAACAAUAUUGGUGUAGUAGACACUGCUUCUGUAAUGCUUACAAUGCACGCUAGGUGUCACCAUGCCCGGUGCAAUGGCCAAAUCUGUCUCCAUGUUACGAACUUUAAGUAAUACUUCUACACUCGAAACUGCCCAUGAAAGCUAUACUACAAUCCAUUUAUAUGAUAUGCCUUAUUUCGCGUUACCUGUAUCGUGUACCUACAUUGUUGAUGAGUGGGAAAUCAUAGUAUAUAGAACCUAAAAUUAAUCGAUCUCAAUUACCCAUAAGCGUUGUUAAUGCAUACGUUAAGCGGUUUUCCGUUCGUCGCUGGGCAUUCUUCGUUUCGGUAGCUCAUUCGACGACUCCAUCUGUUGUACAGUGUGCGUCUCAAAGCCUCCGGUGUUUGUUGCAAAUAGAACACCAAUUUAUCGCGUCGCAUGUUCGUGUACGCAACGUCGACACAAAUUCGACGAUUUCACCAUCCAUACAUUUUACGCGUUUUAGGAGUAAUUAAGUGUUUGUUCGGUGCGUGUUGAAUGUGUCUUCUUUACAUGCCAUUAAGUGUGUUGUAUAUUUACAUAAUCGGUAUGUUUGGGACUUUUGGAAAUGCAUUUCUUAAUAUACGUAUAAAAUUCAGCGUGAAACGAUCGGGCUUGCACCGCGGACCGCGCGCUAGUCCGCUUUAAUACAUCUUUUCGACUUAUAUAAUUUUAUUCUAGCAGUAGGCGAUUCUAAAAUAGAUAUCGAUGCACAAAACGUCACUGGAGUGUCUUAGGAGUCUCUGCUGUUAUAGGGGCGUAUUCAUAACGAACACACUGCCAUUAUGAACGUAUAUACACGAUGGAUCUAGUAUGCAGUAUGCGUGAGAUGAGAUCCCGUCGAGUUGUUGCGAUCCGUAGUUAGAAUUGAACUAUCCCGAAUAUUCUAUGCUACGAUACGAUGCCUUAUAACUGAGAUGUGGUCGUAAACCGUGUACGGCGUUUACACGAUCUUCUUUUACUUACGUCUACAUCAGAGGUUUGUGACAAAUAUAACUGCCAUUGGAUAAGUAAUUGUUAAUACAUCAUUUGAACGCGUAGUUUCAUAUUAGCUUCAUAGUUUUCGGAACCCGUCGGUGCACAGCCGGUCGUAUUUGAUACAUAUUAUUCAAUUUCGAAAUUGUAAUAGGUUUAUUAAGUAUGUAAUAAUCUCACAUGAGAAACUAAUAAUUAAUGAGAUACCCUAAUAUAAUUUGUGUCUUUAGCUGAUAAUGAAACAUUAGUAAGAUGAUAAGUUUAUAUCGCUAAUUGGGAUAGUAAUGUACAAGCGAGACAGCACACUUGAGCACCCGUUAAGUCAACAUGUGGAAGGGAGAGGGGAAAUGUAACGACAAGACUGGCCGAGGAAGUUCGAUGUUCGACUAUAUAACAACCAGUUGUCCUUCAAUGCCUUCUGAAUCUACAUUUAUAUUACUUUUACGUACGAAAGCACUAAGUAUUGUAGUGACCAAACGUGGCACGUCCAGUCUAUUAAAAUGAUAUGGACUUAAUUUGGGAGAGUCUACAUAAUAUGUCCAUUAACUUUGUAAAUAGAUACCUUUAGAUUCUAUUGUCAUAUGUUUGACAUAUGUACGUUUAAUUUUAUUCAUCUAAGAAAGUACAGAUGGCUGUUGUUAUUUUUAUAUUAUUUGGGUAGAAGUAUAUAUAUAUAUUUUUUGUAAAUGACCUCUGUAUUUAUCUUUUGUAAACUUUGUAAGCCAUAGGGACUUAGUAUAGUGUACGAGCUACGAACAUUGUGAUUGCUAAUUUCAAAUGAAUUUGUAUUUACCGAUGAUUUGUUCUGCGUAUAUAUUCUUUGUUUCGACAGAUAUUCUUAAUAAUUUUGUUACUUCAGAGUGCAAUAUGUACAAAUAUUUACAUAUUAAAUAUAAAAUGUACAUACAGUCAAUUUUUAGUUUUAAUGUGUCUAUGCAAUAUCUUUUCAUUCAUUCAUUGAAUGUACACUAAAAGGCAUAAUAGAUAUAUCACAAGUGAGUUGCAAUGCAACCUUCACUCUCACUAUUGUGUUUCUAAUACUUAAGCGAUUAAUUUUAUAUAGGAGGACUAGGUGAUUUUUGUAUUUAAAUUUGCUAAUUUUUUGUAGCAGAUUAGAUUUGUUUACAUUGAUAAGAUGAAUAAUGUACAUUUUGAAUUGAUUUUAAAGUGAUUUAGUUGUUAUUUAGUAAUGAAUUUUGUUAGGUGUAACUGGGCAGCAUCGCGGAGCGGCACCUGGCCGCUUCGUCGUCUAGAUGCCUAGCCGCCUAGCUAGCCGAUACCAGUGCAUCGAGAGCAAUGUGCAAUGUCCGUAAAUGAAUGAUUGACUGCAUUCGCUGCAGUAUUUCUGUCAUGUUUCCGAUACUCGCGCCAGUUACACUGCCACAAGCGUAACGUUUGGCUUCUGUGCACACGAACCGCUUUUGCGACGCAUGCCAGUCGUUUUUGCAGAUCGAACGAUGUUCAUCUUAGUGUCCAUCUCACGCUAACUGCCAAAUAAUUUAGCGCUCUCCUGUUAAUGUUUUAGAGUUCUAACUCGCUUUUAUAACUGGCACGCAGAUCAAAAAAACGUUCGACACAGAAGCUUAAACAUUACUACACUACUAAGGCCAAGUUUUUAUAUUUCUGUAGUGCCACGUGGAAGGAUGGAAAGGUUGACGUUACGCUCUAAGGGCCCAUUCCGUGUUAUUAUAGCACAUUAUUGUAUAUUAUUUUCGUAAUUUGUUUUAGUUGACAGUACAUUAUUAUUAUUUUUUUCCUAUUACUUUGCCUUAGUACUCUGUUAUUUCAUGAUUUAACAGCAGCGGUGAAGCAAAUUAGAUAUAGGGAACAGACAUGACGAUAUGUUAAAAUUUUAGAGAGUCAACUUUUAUAAAAACUACAAAAAUAAACAAAGAAAAGGUGUGUACAAAAUGAGGAAAUUUGUAUGAAACAUUGUUAUGCGAAUAAACUUACACCAGAAGAUAAAAUAUA